AGAACGCCGGGGCCAAUAGGCAGCCUGCGCGACGUCACGUGACGGCGGGAGCGGGGAUUGCGAACCGGGUUGGCGGUGAGGUGCUAAUAUCCUGGUGCAUCAGAUGAAAUAUGCCCCAAAUAAAAUUAAAUGGCAUUACUGUGGAUUUCCCGUUUCAACCCUAUCUAUGCCAGGAGGCAUACAUGUCCAAAGUGUUGGAAUGCCUACAAAAGCAAGUGAAUGGGAUUUUGGAGAGUCCCACCGGCACAGGGAAGACCCUCUGUCUCUUAUGUGCAACUCUGGCUUGGCGGGACCAGUUGAAAGAUGCCAUCUCUGCAAAGAAGAUCAGCCAGCAACUUAACGGAGCAGAGCUCUUCACUGACAACCCCCUGUCUUCUUGGGGCAACGUUGCUACAAGUGGUGACGUCCCAGCUUAUUACACCGACAUACCUAAAAUAAUUUAUGCCUCGAGAACUCAUUCUCAGCUGACUCAGGUCAUCCAUGAAUUAAAGAGCACCGUUUACAGGCCGAAAGUGUGUGUGUUGGGUUCUAGAGAGCAGCUGUGCAUCCACCCUGAAGUCAAAAGACAAGAAAGCAACUAUUUGCAGAUCCGCUUGUGCCGUAUGAAGGUAACAGCUCGCUCGUGCUAUUUCUAUAACAACGUGGAAGAGAAGAGCACCGAGAAGGAGCUGCUGAACUCGAUCUUGGACAUUGAAGACCUUGUCAGAAAUGGAAACAAGCACAGAGUUUGCCCUUAUUAUCUCUCUCGAAACCUGAAGCAGCAAGCAGACAUCAUCUUUAUGCCUUACAACUAUUUACUGGAUCCAAAGAGCCGAAGAGCUCACAACUUAGACUUAAGGGGGACUGUAGUCAUACUCGACGAGGCGCACAAUGUGGAGAGGCUGUGUGAAGAGUUGGCAUCGUUUGACCUGGCGCCCUACGAUUUAGCUUCAGCUAUAGAUGCCGUCAACAUAGUGUUGGAAAAACAAGCCAAAGAGGUCCAGCAGGGUGAAAUCAACUCUGAAUUGAGCGCGAACUAUGACACAGCAGGGCUGAACAUGACGCUUGAAGACAUAGCGAAGAUAAAGAAGAUUCUUCUUCAGCUGGAAGAUGCUAUCGAUGCCGUGGAACUUCCACCAAGUGGGAAAGGGGUCACUAAAGACGGAGGGUACAUAUUUGACUUGUUUGCAAAGGCUCAGAUCACAUUCCAAACACAGAAUUCUCUCCUUGAAGCUCUGGAACAAAUUCUUCAAUACUUAGCAGGCUGUUCUGGGGUAUUUACCAACACUGCUGGAUUACAGAAAUUUGCAGACAUAAUCCAGAUGGUCUUUAACGUCGCUCCAGAAGGAACUUCCGGCUUCUCACCGGGCUGCUCAGUGUCCAGGUAUUACAAGGUGCACAUUCACCCGGACACGGGCAGUCAGAAAAAGAAGCCGAGGACAGACCUGUGGGAUUCAUCUGCAACUAAAAAACAAGGACACGUUCUGAGCUUUUGGUGUUUCAGCCCCGGUUACAGCAUGCAAGAGCUGGUUCGUCAGGGCGUCCGAACCAUCAUUCUCACCAGCGGCACCCUUUCCCCUGUCUCUUCCUUUUCUCUGGAAAUGCGGAUACCUUUCCCGGUUUGUUUGGAAAAUCCACACGUUAUCGACAAACACCAGAUCUGGGUGGGGGUAAUCCCUAAAGGACCCAACGGAGGCCUGCUGAGCUCCACUUACGAAAAAAGGUUUACAGAGGAAUGUCUGUCUUCUCUUGCGAGAACGAUAGGUAAUCUUGUGCGAAUCAUACCAAAUGGGCUCCUCGUAUUCUUUCCUUCAUAUCCCGUCCUGGAUAAAAGCCUGGAAUAUUGGCGAGAACAGGAUCUUGCUGGAUCAAUAGAGGCAGUGAAACCGAUUUUCGUGGAACCGAGACACAAAGGCGCGUUCACAGAGGUCAUGAAUGCCUAUUACGAGAAGGCCGCCUGCCCUAAGUCCAGCGGUGCCGUGUUCCUGGCAGUGUGUCGUGGGAAGGCCAGUGAAGGUUUGGACUUUGCUGAUAAAAACGGACGAGGCGUCGUCAUCACUGGACUCCCUUUUCCUCCUCGCAUGGACCCAAAGGUCGUGUUGAAGAUGCAGUUCUUGGAUGAAAUGAAGUGCAAAAAUUCCGGUCAGGGCCUGUCUGGAAACACCUGGUACAAGCAGCAGGCUUCUCGUGCAGUGAACCAAGCCAUCGGCAGAGUCAUCCGGCACCGGCAGGACUAUGGGGCCAUCUUCCUCUGUGACCACAGGUUCAGUCAUAUGGAUGCAAAAGCCCAGUUGCCUUCCUGGGUCCGUCCUUAUGUCAAGACUUAUGAUAAUUUUGGGCAUGUGGUCAGAGAUGUGUCUCAGUUCUUCCGUGUCGCACAGAAAAUUAUGCCCCCUCCGCCAUCCCGUGUUCCCUCUCGCGCUGCCGCGGAAGAGGGUGAGGCCUCCACAUCUUCCGCUUCUUCUGAGAUGACCCUUUCUGUGAUGAAAGCCAGCAAUUUUGAUGACCACGUUCCGAGCUUGAAAAGGAAGAGGAUGGAUAACGGAAUGUCCAACGUCAACUUCGACUGCUAUCUGGGUCCACUCGCCUCGAGGAAGCAGGCUGGUAACCUCCUGGACGCCCUGGAGCACAACGAACAGAACUGCACGGAGGCAGCGGAGGAAGGUGGCUUGCCGGGAGAAGAAAAGGCUAAACGGCUAUCAACCCUCUCCCUUCAGUACGAGAAGAAACUCAUGGACGGGCAGAAGGGAGGCAGAAAGAAAAUAAAGGUAGUCAGCUAUCCGGCCAAUUACUUCGGAGAGCCCCUGGAGCCCAAGAAAUCCAGGUCUGCCGCCUUCAUCGCCGCGGUCAAGCGAUCCCUCAGCCAGCUGAACUUCGACCGGUUUUCCCAGGCGCUCCAGCACUACAAGAAGACGAACGACUUCGACGCCAUGUUGUCCCAGAUGAGCGCCCUUUUCGCAGAAGACCCAGAGAAGCGCAUCCUGUUGCGUGAGUUUUACCAGUUCGUCCGACCGCAGCACAAGAAGCAAUACGAUGAAGCUUGCCGUAGGCAGACCGGAGUGGGCUGCGGCUACAAACCUGAGCAUAGCCUCCCGCAAGAGGAGAGGUUGCUGCUAGCCGAGAACGCAGGAAAGGAAUGUGAGAACAAAGCCACCUUCUCGAAGGGUUCGUCUGGACAGCUGAACUCUGAGCAGCAUUUGAACAAAGGAGGAAGCCAUCUAACUUCUGGGUCAGAUGUCACAGGAGGGAACAGUGCCGCCGCGCUCAGCAAGCCCUCCGGAAAAGUACCCAGUUUUCUGAAGGAGAGCCACAACGAGGCGAUCCGCUCGGCGUACCUCAGCGAGCUCAGGACAGCUCUGGACAAAAGCAGCUUCAGCAGCUUCGUAUCAGCCGCAUCGGCGUACAAGAGGACGGACGACUACGAUGCCAUGGUGUCCGUGGUAGCAGCCCUCUUCACGGAGAAGCCGGAGAACUUUCAUCUGCUGCAAAGAUUCUCGGCGUUUGUGCGCCCUCAUCACAAGAAGCGAUUCAGGCAGAUGUGCCAAGAUCUGACUGGGAUGAAUUGCCCCGAGGACAGCAAGAAGCUCCCGUCGCCAGGCCAGGAUCAGGGCCUCUUCGGUUCUGAGGAGGGGUGUUCCACUGGAGAAGAGGCGGGGAUUCAAACAGAAGCUGCUCCCUCAGUCCCAGGUUCCUCCAAGAGUGAAGCACCGAAGGAGUCCCCAAGCGUGGCUUGUCUCACGGUCUACUCUGAAUCACAGGACAAAACAGUUGGCAGUUCCGGCUGGGUGCGACCUGCGACAGGCUCCAACAUUGCUCCUCUGUGCCCAGUAAAUAAAAAAUUCGAGUGUGUUAGAUGCAAAUCAGAGUGUCACGUGCCUUUUCGGUGUCCGCUGUGUGGCUACAUUUGCUGCCUGCCCUGCUGGAAGAAAGUCUUCAAGGUUGCCAAGAAGUGUCCAGGCUGCCAAGCUGAUACCAACAGAAGACAUCUAACCAUGGUUUACUGGGCAGAUCUCCCAGGAGCGACACAGACGGCGCCGACAUCGUCCGCUUAGCAAGGCGAAAACUUGCCCGUGGGAAGGAGCCAAGAAACAAUGCUGUCCUUCCCUUUGCUCGCUGAUCGUAAGGCGUCUUCCUCUUGCAACAGAAGCAGGAAGAGAAGCAGCUCUGGAAUAAAUUGCACCAAUCUCUUAAAAUAUACCCUUCUGUAGCUUUUCUCUCCCUAGGCCUGCUGUAAAGGGGCGGGGAAAUGCUUUUGUACUUUGCAUGUAAGGGUUUUUUUUACUAUAUUGAGAAAAUGAAGAUGUAUAAUGUCCAGUGUCAUAUCCAAAUAUAUGAAUAAAUAGGAUUAUUUUGCA